AUGCCUGAUGUUGUUGCUAAUCAUGUUGAUGACUAUUUAUGUACAUCACUUGAAAUGGAUAAAGAUAAAUCAACAUACAUAACUGCAUUUAAUCCAUCGGCUACAUCAAAAGAUGCUCAUCAUAUUUUACUUUUUGGAUGUACCGAACCAGGAAGUGAGAAAAAAAUUUGGAAUUGUGGUGAAAUGGUAAAUACGGAUGAUUCUUCUGAAGAAGAUUAUGAAACAGCACCAAUAUGUGCUUCAGGUUCAACUAUUAUCUAUGCUUGGGCAAUGGAUGCUGAAAAAACUGAAUUACCUAAUGAUGUCGCUUUCAAAGUUGGUGGUUCAACUUCAAUUAAAUAUCUUGUAUUACAAGUUCAUUAUGCAAAUAUUGAUAAGUUCAAAGCUGGAAAAACUGAUCGUUCAGGUUUAGUUUUAACAACAACAUCAAAUCCAACACCAAAAACAGCUGGUGUUAUGCUAUUAUUAACUGAUGGAGCAAUGGCAUCUCAUUCACUUGAAGUAUUUGAAGUUGCUUGCAAAAUUCAACAAGAUAUUGUAAUGCAUCCAUUUGCUUUUCGAACUCAUGCACAUAAAUUAGGUCUUGUUAAUUCUGGUUAUCGUGUACGUGGUGAAAAUGAUGAUCAAGAAUGGACUGAAAUAGGUCGACGUUCACCACAAUUACCACAAAUGUUUUAUCCAGUUCAAAAAGAUAUAACUAUUCAACAAGGUGAUUAUGUUGCAGCUGUUUGUACUAUGUAUAAUACAAAUUCACAUGUUGUUCGAAUUGGUCCAACUGGCAAUGAUGAAAUGUGCAAUUUUUAUAUGAUGUAUUGGGUUGAUGGUGAUCAAUUAUUAGAUGAAGAUGUUUGUACAAGUUCUGGACCUCCUCGAUAUUAUUUUGGCCGUGAUCGACAUUUAAAUAUUGACAAAAUUCCUGAUGAUGCAUUUCAUAUUCCACCACCACCAAAUGGUCCAGCACCGGGUGAACCGUUACAAGGUGGUCAUCAUAUGAUGAUGCAACAUGGAGAACAAUCACAUAAAAAACAACAUCGUUAUCGAUAUAUAAAUUAG